CGUGCGGCUACGACCGGCCCCAGUGGCGCUGCGUCACCACCUCAAGCGGCGCGCUGCCUCGCAGCUCCCUCUCACUCUCCUCGCAUCUCUCUCAACUCUCUCGCAUCUCUCUCUCAACUCAUCUCUCUCAACUCAUCUCUCGCACAUCUCACUCACAGCGCUGCCUCACAGUGCUCACUCAACUCCCUCUCAUCUCCCUCACAGCGCUCUCUCAUAGCGCUCUCUCAUAGCGCUCACAUCGCUGCCUCUCCCAUCUCUCCCUCAUCUCUCCCUCACAGCGCUUCCAUCGCUGCCUCAUCUCACAGCGCUGCCUCUCAUCUCUCUCACCUCUCUCACAGCUCCCUCAUCUCUCCCCCAUCUCUCCCUCAUCGCUCUCUCAUCUAUCGCUCUCUCAUCGCUCUCCCAUCCGUCUCGAUAGAGUGAACUCCACGCAGUGGCUCUCCUAGCCGCCAACUUGAGCAGCGCGUGGGUCGUCGUGGGGACGACGGCUUAGAGAAGCAGCUGCAGCUGGUGGUGGUGGUGCUGGUGGUACAGCAGCAGCUGCUAGUGGUGGUGGUGAACGUCUCCUGCAGAGGCGCCGCGUGGAGUGAAGAGGAGCCGGGCGCAGAACCUGCCGUCCCAAGUGCCACGCCGCCAUGUCUGCCUUCACGUGCAUGUCCUGCCGCGUGGCCUUCACCUGCGCCGACCUCCAGCGCGCCCACUACAAGACGGACUGGCACCGCUACAACCUCAAGCGCAAGGUGGCGCAGAUGCCGCCCGUGACGGCCGAGAGCUUCGCAGAGCGCGUGCUGGCGCAGCGAGCUGCGGCGCAGGUUCCCGGCGCCGUCGUGCAUCAGCCGUGCGCCACGUGCGGCAAGGGCUUCGCCUCGCACAACGCGUACGACAACCACCUGCGCUCCCACCGCCACUUGCAGGCCGAGGCGCGGCAACGCGACGCGGCGCAGGCUGCCCACGACGAGGUUGAGCGCAUGAACAAGAAGAACGUCGAGAAGGGCCUGGAGAUACAGCCGCUCAGCAAAGACGAGAUGAACGCCGCCAUCCAGCAGGCCGUGUUCAAGGCCUCGCCGCACAAAUCCCCGAGCCUGGCCCGUCGGAGCGACCCCGCCAAGGAAGCCGACAGCACGGCAGGGGCGCAGGCCCCAUCCCGGCCACCGCGGCCACCGCGCCUCAUGUGGCUGGAGCAGCGAGAGGCACAGGAGCGCAGCAAGGAUGGCAAGGUGCCGACAGCGGCGCAGGCCGGGCAGGAGACGGCGGACAACGAUGAGUGGGAAGACCUGGGCACCGACAAAGAUGACGACGAUGAUGACUGGGAAGAAGACGACGACGAGGAGGAGGAGGGCGCAGUUGACAUGGAGUUGGGAGCGACGACGGAGGGUGCAGAGGGCGCCGUGUUGUCGGCCGACGGGCAGCCGGCCAUGGCGGGGACGCUGCCGCACAACCGCUGCUUCUUCUGCCCGCAGCGCUCGCGCACGCACGCGCGCAGCCUGGCGCACAUGUCCCGCGAGCACGGCUUCUUCAUCCCCGACGUGCAGUACCUGGUCGACCUUCCUGGGCUCAUGCGUUACCUCGGGGAGAAGGUUGGCGCGGGCAACGUGUGCCUGUGGUGCAACGAGAAGGGCCGCUCGUUCUACUCGCUGGACGCCGUGCAGAAGCACAUGCGCGACAAGGGCCACUGCAAGCUGUUCACGGACGGCGACGCCGCCCUCGAGUUCGCAGAUUUCUACGACUUCCGGCCAAGCUACACGGAGUUCCGGGUGGGAGGGCGCGACGUGGACGGUGAGGACGAGGACAACGACGAGGAGGACAGCAGCAGGCUGGGGGAGAAGCAGCUCGUGGAGUACGACGAGACCACCAUGGAGCUGCAGCUGCCCUCAGGAGUGAAGGUGGGCCACCGCUCCCUUCUGGUGUACUACCGCCAGCGGUUUGCGCCGGGGCAGGCCGUGGUGGUGCACAGGAGCGGCCGUCUGCUGGGCCGCGUCAUGCAGCAGUACCGCAUGCUCGGAUGGAACAGCAACGCCGGCGGGGAGGCUGCAAUGCGGCGCCAGCGAGACAUGCGCUUCCUGCAGCGCCACAAGGCCAAGUGGGCCAUGAAGAUGGGCAUGCGCGGCAACAUGCUGCAGCACCACUUCCGCUCGCAAGUGCCGAUCUGAUAAACGGAGCUCGGACAGCGGCGGCGGAGAAGGUCGAAAAUGGAGGUCGCAAGGUCACGGGUCAUGGAGUUUGGUUGAUUGGUCGAACCAGAUACUGUGUUGUGCAGUUGGAAAGUAGGGUUGCCAUGAUAUCAUUUUCCACGAUACGAUACUGUUAUCAAAUCUCAUGAUUUGACGAUUAUCGCGAUAUUUUCCAUAAACAUUGUAAUUCAGCUUCGUAGUUUUCUUGUUUUAUGCUUUGCAGCAAGUCUAGUAGGAAUAAAGAAUAAUUUAAAGAAAUGAAACUGAAUUUCACUGAACAUAAGCCUUUUCUGAAUCAACUUUAGAAUCAACAAUGCUUCUAAAGCACACGCUGAGACUUCAGAAGUCAGUGGGGUUUUUUUUGCUCCUAUUUACAGCUUUGAGUCGGUGGUGGAAAUUCCACAUUCUUCUAGUGGAAGUGAGUCUAUCCAUAGGACAACUACCAUUGACUUUCCGACAGUGAUACCAAUUUGACCAAUACCAGCGGCAUGAUGGGUUGAGUCGACCCCCAACCAGGAUUUGCACUCGCUGCGUUCCAAUCCACGACCCGCGCUCGCUCAACCACUGAGCCACCUGCAAAGUUGCGCACCGAAUAAUCACGUGGACUGUGAGCUUGUUGAUGCCACAUCACCAAUUACUCCGCAAAACAUGUUUUCAAAGCACUCGUUUAAUAAAUAGCUAUUCACAAAAGAAAACAAGAAAGAUUCAACCGACAAGGAUAAUCCCGAUACAAUGGUAUGUUUACAAACAGCCGUCGGGUUGUAAUUACGACAAGGAUAAUCGUAAUUAUAUAUUAUGUUUAGUAUCGUCGGCUUGUGACCAAGCAUGUUGCAAAGUCGUGGGUUGUUCCGUGCACCUUGUGUCGGUCGCAUCGUGCGGUGGGAGAUGAGCUAGUGUGUCGCACAGCCAAGUACCACUACGGCCGUGGUACUUGCCUCCGUGUGGACACACGCAGCCCGUGUACCGGCCAUCUAUUAAAAUCCUUGCACAUUC